GAAGAAGAUGGAAGAACUGAAGGAGCGGACCGUGGAGGAGCUGGAGAAGAUGCAGGACGACCCGGAGGAGCUGGAGCGGCUGGUCCUGGAGGCCCCCCAGGUGCAGGACCUGCAGCUCGAGCGCGAGAUGGCCCUCGCCACCAACCGCAGCCUGGCCGAGCAGAACCUGGCGUUCCGGGCGCCCCUCGAGCUCAGCCGCUCCGCCCUCUUGGACAAGUACCAGGAGCUGCAGAGGCUGCUGCAGAGGUGCCGCGAGCAGAAGGCCCAGCUCG